AUGUACCCAGCAAACAACCAGUCUGUUGCCGUUCCAAUGCUGCCCGCCAACUAUUAUCCCGACCAACCGGCCACGGUGGUUCAGCACACUACUGUCAACGUGACCAGGGAGAGGGUGCGUGACCACAUUAUAUACUCCCUCUGCUCUUUUGUCCACAUGGGCAACCCUCUCUGCUUGGGAUUGCUGGCGGUCAUCUACUCCAUCAAGGCCAGAGAUCGUAAGGUGAUGGGAGACCUCGAGGGAGCGAAAAAGCAUGCCACAAUCGCCUUGUGCCUCAACAUUGCAGUCUCUGUCAUUUUUGGCCUGUUUGUCCUUAGUGUCAUCAUCGCAUUUUCAGUCAUUCUGUCUCAGUCACCAUACUAUGAUUAUGGGCCGAGGUAUAAUCACUGGAAUUAG